CAACUCUGAGCGCAAGCACUCAGUUGAUGCGGCUUGUUUCUCGUUCCGCUUCGUGUCUGGAGGUGAAAAAGAACUAAACCCUGAGCUACAAAUUAGUAGAAAGUGCACUGAAAUAACUUCUAUGUCUAUCUUCGUCCCUGCUUGAUGAGAAUGAGUUGUUUCGACCCGCAAUUGUAGACGCAGCUUGUCUAAACGUAAACCUCAAAUGGAAAAGGCAGCGGGUUUUCUUGUUCGCAUCAUGGUCCACUUCGAUUUACAGAAAUGCGCGAAGAAGAUCCCGCAUUUUGUUGAGUAGCACCGAAGAGUUUCAACCAUUUGCGAAGAAUAUCCUAGUCGUCCAACAAAUAUAUAGUUUUUGAAGAACAACAUGGUCUCCGAUGGCUCGCGGAUCGCGAGAUCGCACCGGCAAGGAAGUUCGGUUGCCGCUCUGCUUUCGCAUGAGCCGCCAAAACCGUUGCGAGAUCAUGCCAAAGCCAAUGUUUUGGCGAUGCGUCAGAAGCAACGACAAAUUCAAGCCAACCGCAUGCGAAAAGAAAUGGAGGAAGACAAGGACUGGAAGAUGGCACAGUUCACUGGCAUCCGAGCUAAGCUGUACGAAAACAAAGAAAAUGCUUCACAGGGAAAAUUUGUCCCGAAUCGCCAAGAGGUGCACUGUUUCUAUACUACUUAAUCUUGAUGUCAAACCUGCAUAUCUUUCUUUAUUUGUUGAAGAGCCGAGUUGAUGUAACUCUAAGGGUGCCAAAGUAACGAAAUAAAAGAAAUGGGAACUGCGCAACGUACUUACACCAGGCCGUGAGACAGGACGGUUUUCUGAAAAAGCAGACGGGAAAGACAGUCGCGCACUUGGCAGAACGCGGUGAACUGGCUCAGCCGGUGGUCACUGAAAAUGACAAGUAUUUGAGCUACUUCUACUUCCGCCUCCGCGGAAAUUCAAAAAGAAAGUUGAUUGAUAACAUGAUGCGGCUCUUGUAUCAGUAUCACGGAGAAAGAAAUUACUAUACGAAGAGGGUGAGGGCAACUCUUACUUUACAUUUACUUAGUUACAUCGAAAUUGCGAAUUUGGACCUACGUAUUAACUUGUCCACAUGUGGGAGGUCCUCUGGAUGAUAUAUGAUAUCUUCGCCGUGUUGAAAUGCAAACAGAACAGAGAGUAACGAAAAAAACAGGCUGUACUCUGACGUGCCAGAAGCAAGACCGCGGGUACCGAGCAGAAGUGAAAUCAGAGGAAGAGUGGCCGACGAAAUGGCAAGCGUGGCUCCACAGCGUACUCCUUCUACUUGCUUAUGCUUUCUCUUUUCUUUUUCUCUAUUGCAGCCGCGUGGCACUCCAUUCGCAUAAUAUGCGAAUGGAGUGCCACCCAGCACGAUACAUAUGCCAUAUGUAUCGUGCUGGGUCGCCGCCGGUAUCAAAAAGAAUGAUAAUGAAGCGGUAGUCUUCUAUGAGUGUUCAAAUUUUGUCUGGCUUAAUUUUUCCUCGGGUAUCCGUACCGCAAACUCUUCUACUACGAUGAAGAUCAUGUCGUGCUGGAGCAGUUUUCUGCAUUGCGUUAAAUUUUGCCAGGAAGAAGUUGCUUCCGAUCGAGAAGUUCGACUGGAACUACAUACACUUACGCGGUAGGAAGAAGUUGCCUCCAGGAAGAAACCCCAAUUGAGCUACACAGUGAACCAAAAUCCUGUACACCAUCUCUCAAUCAGGUAAUUUCAUCCGCGAGAAUUUGCAAAAUGCCGUGGAAGGGCCAGAAACUAUGGAUGCCAACGCGUUCGUGCGCGAAGCAGAGAAGCUGAAGCAAUUGUACGGGCGAAAGCAGAUCAAGAAGGACGCUGUGACAAAUAUCCCGGAGUACUUGACGAGAAUCAAGAAUGGCUUGGCCCAGAAGAAGCGGGACCAGCUUGCCGCGGUCGCAGCCUUGGCUGACGCGCCGCCCGAAGGAUUCAAGGUAACGCAAAUACAGAAUUUUCGUUCUUGAACAUUUUGAUUUUUUGGAAGAUUGUGUUGUGUGUCUGCUCGGCGUAGUGCCUGUAAUUGUUGAAGACGAUAGAACAUCAAGUCAACAUGCGACAUCUUUCCCUGCUGGCUCAGGUCCUUUCAGAGGAGGAGCGGACAGAGACGCUUGCCGCACUGCGUUUGAAAAAGGAGGAACUGGAAACGGCCCUGCAGAAGUUGCCCCUGAAGAUCAACUCGGAAAUGCACAAACAGCGCGAAAGAGACUUUCAAACCAAGCUGAAUGAAGUCGAAGAUACUAUCAAGAUGUUCCAGCGACCACGGGUCCUGGUCAAAAUCGACUGCUAAAAGAAAGCAGCCUGAGAACUCAAUUUUGCUUUUUCAACAAGACUGAAGUGGAAAAAUAUGGUGUUCUUAACACCUCUGAAAUUAAAUCGAUAUGAUUACAUUAUUCCGCAGCAUUUCCGAAAGUGUGGUUUCUUUUCGUGUGGAUCAAGAAAGAACUUACGUCUGUGUUUAGGUUGUCGUCUGCUUAAAAAUAAGGGGAUGGCUUUACCAUCCCCACAAGACGAAAACGAAGACCUACUUGGCAGUUCAGAAUUAUGGUAGAAGAAGAAACUUUUUUUAUAAAGGUACUAACUGCUGGUGCUGCAUCGUUUGAAAUUGUAUGCGUUGUGAGAAUUAGACACUUUGUCAGAAUCAGGAUUUUUUGCCAGCUCUUGCUGUCUCUGUGUCUUACUUUGGGAGACUCGUAUCUUGACCUCGUCAGGCAUUUCCUCGUGGUUGCUUUUCAUGGCUAUAGUUGAGCUUCAUGUUUGAAGUUGCAUGCCAUUGCCCGUGGAACCGAAACCGAUCGCGUUUGUUUUAUAUUGAUUUCCUGGGUUUGUUUUGAAAACCUCCUUUGAUGGUUGACGAAGUUGAUUGUUUGGCCUAACCGAUUUAAUUACGCUUGUUACAGUAUUACGGAAGAGAACUCUUUAUUUUUUCAUACCCACCUCCAUGCCUUCUCUAUCUUUUCUGUUUUUCGUUUUCUCAGGAUCGACCAGAAAGCGUUCAAGUUUCCGCGAGACGAAAGAGCUUAGAAUCCCGAAAAAGGAGUGAGUUUGACCCUCGUGCUGUCAAUGAAUAUCAAUAUAAUUACAUUUAAUCGAAAUACGUUCAGGACUGGAGUAGUAUUAGCAAGACAGGAAUCACAAUCAGUGGGGCUGUGAUGUCAUUUGCAAUGCUUUUUUUAAGACUUCUAAGUCACGAAAAAUUGAUGUCGAAAAAAAUAAAUCACGGCGAUGUUGGUUGUCAUCCAUCUUCGCAAAUCAGAU